UAGAGAAAGGAAACCGUGAUGAGAUGAGGAGGCGGCGCGUGAUGAAAAUUGUAUCAUUUUUGCCGUUUGUGGAAUUAUGUUCGAAUUUUGCACCGGACGCUAAUCGCGCUCUUGUGCCAUUCAUUGCCAAUACACUUUACGUUACGUUACGGCUGCUCAGGUGACAUGUGUAUGGGCUAUUCGUCGUUGGGGAGCAUUUUUUACGAGCCAGAAAGUAUUUCUCUGCGGUUGUUGGGCCAUUCGUUUUUUUUUUGCGGUGGUGUAAAUUUGUCAGCCAGCCAACACGUGCUAAUGACAUUAAAUCUGUAAACCUACUAAAGCGCACGGCAAAUCUGCGUCAAUAUGGGCAUCACAUCACGACUAUUUGUUUCACACGAUGUCGUUCGAUACAGCAAAUAUGGAACAAAGUCACGCCGAAACUGAUGGGAGAUAAUAUUAGGGAUACACGGACUAGACUCCUUUAGUAGUAAAAGGCUUACGAGUGGACGAUUCACACCAGUUACACAAGCGAUAUUUUUUUUCCUUCUGAUAACUGGUUACGAAGAAUGCUAGGAAAACUACCAUCCAGUUGCACCACGCAACUAACUACACGCAGCUCAAUGGUACAAGAUUCUUCAGGUGCGUACCACCACCACCGAUCGCCCCAAACCUUACAGGAUCUGGCAGCCAGUGUGUGUACACUCAACACCGGUCGACAUAAGAGAUUCUUUGUUGCGUCAGCCCCGUUUAAACGAUCAUUAACCUAGCGCUGACAAGUUUACGGCCAUCGGAGUGCUAUCAAUUUGAUUGCUCAAGUCGCGAAAUGACAUCGGGGUUUUUGAAAAGCUAGCGAACAGCUAUAGAUUCAUUUAAAAUACAAGGUGAAGCCUGGCUGCCUGGGUCUGAUCUGAUGAAGAGCGAGAUAUGUAUGUUUGCAAAUUGACACAUAUUUGUCGCGAUCGCGAAAUUUAAUCACAGCGCACGUUGAUCGGUACCUAUGGAAACAUCGGUCGAUAUAGACCCGCGGGGAUCAACUAACUAUAAAUAACUAGAUAAUACCUAUCAAACGCUAUUAAAGCAAUAAACAGAAGCUUCGACAAACUCACGAACAUGUCCCUAAUUUGGCCCAAUUACAUGAUAAUUGUUUGAAAGCAAAUGCAUCCAAUUUUAUUCACAAGCCAACCAGCUGCUCAAAGCAUUCUUUGUUCCAAUACCGUUCCCGUGUGGUACACAGUUGACUGACCCCGUAUGCUAAUCACUAACAUCGAUCAUACAUGUUGUUACCUUUUGGGAGAGUGAUCGAUCAGUGGUAGAGUAAUGUUUCCAGUUGAGUUUGUUCCAGCUGAAGUAUAAAUUAUGCGUGUCUUAAGACCCAUCCCAUCAGUACACAUUGCUAAAGAGCCCAGCAUGCAUCAAGUUCUGUGCAGUCUCCUUUCCCUGGCCGUGCUAGUCUCUACGGCACCCGGUCCUUGCGAUCUGCCAAGCUUAUCCGAAGUAGGCAGCCAGUAUCUGGUGUUCGGGCAGGACUGUCGCCAGUACGCUUACGGGUACAAUGCAGGAUCAUCGGCCAAAGUUGAAGUGAAGAAUGCAAACGGAACGGUGUUCGGAGCUUAUCACUACAUCGAUGCGAACAACGUAACGCAGCGGGUAAACUACACGGUGACCGAUGAGGAUGGGUUCGUGGUGGAAGGAACCAACUUGCCCGUACCUGUGAAGGACACGGCCGUGGAGGAUUCAACAACAACCGAAGUUCCGACGACAGUUGCGCCCGUAUCUUCGGAAGAGGAGCAAACGACCUCGUCAAACCUGGUGCGGGAAUCGUUCUACUCCGGUGGUGGAUCUGAGGUGGAUCGUAACGCCUUUUUUAAACCCAUCCUGUCGGUAUGGUACCCUGCCAGUUCGUACCCUCACGAUCGCGUGGUAGUGCAACAGACAGGCCAAAACACCAAAAUGGCAUAGACAAGUGAACGUUGGCAAGCGGAUAUGAUCUAUUAAAGUAACCGUGUUUAAAUGGCAAGUUUGUAUCUUUGUGUCUUCAGUAAGUACUCAGAUUCAGUCAGAUAUUGCCCUCACAAA